UCGUGACGUGACCGCGGGAAAGCGAGGCCCGCGCGCGCGCCCGCCCGCAGCCCGAGGUCACGUGAGCCGAGCGGCGGCCGUUGCGUCGCCUCAGCCAGUCAGUCGGGGAGUGAGAGAGCGAGGGAUCGGCACGUUGCGCGCCUUUCUCCUCCUUUUCUUCCGCUUCUGGGUCGGCGUGGUUGAAGGCCAGGCCGCGGCGGGAGAAUCCCUCGGAAGGCUCUCUUUUCCCCCGCUUCUUCGCUGCUGCCGUCGAGGCCGGAGCCCUUGAUGUGGUUCGGGGCCCAGCGGGGAGAAGAUGCCGCCGUCCAAGUCCCGUAAGAUCGCCAUCCUGGGCUACAGGAGCGUCGGGAAAUCAUCUUUGACUAUUCAGUUUGUGGAAGGCCAAUUUGUUGAUUCAUAUGAUCCUACCAUAGAGAACACAUUCACAAAGCUGAUUACAGUAAAUGGACAAGAAUAUCAUCUUCAAGUAGUUGAUACAGCUGGGCAGGAUGAAUAUUCAAUAUUUCCUCAGACUUACUCUAUAGACAUUAAUGGCUACAUUCUUGUUUACUCAGUCACAUCAAUAAAAAGUUUUGAAGUGAUUAAAGUUAUCCAUGGCAAGUUAUUGGAUAUGGUGGGAAAAGUCCAGAUCCCCAUUAUGUUGGUUGGAAAUAAAAAAGACCUGCAUAUGGAACGGGUGAUCAGCUACGAAGAAGGGAAAGCUUUAGCAGAAUCCUGGAAUGCAGCUUUCUUGGAAUCCUCCGCUAAAGAAAACCAGACUGCGGUUGAUGUUUUCAGGAGGAUAAUUUUGGAGGCGGAAAAAAUUGAUGGGGCAUCUUCACAAGGGAAGUCUUCGUGCUCGGUGAUGUGAUUGCACAGCGGAGGCUGAACACUGGGAAUACGCUGUUCUACCUAAAGAAGCAAACUGCCUGUUCCCUUCACAGCGAAACUACGCUUUUUCUUCUUUUGUUAACCUGAACAAUAUACAGUCAGUUGGAGACUUUUCCCCUUCAGAUUAUGUUAAACUCUGACUCCUGUGCAAAAAAAGAGAGAAAAAAAUGGCUUCACUUCCAUUUUCAAAUUUUAAGCAAUCAUAUUUUCAAUUUAUAUAUUGUAUUUCUUAAUAUUAUGACCAAUAAUUUUACUGGCAUUAAUUUUUCAGUGUAGUUGGGUUAGAAUAAUCAUCCAGAUGAUACAUAUUGUUACACUACUAUUAAUAGGCUUGAAUAUCAGUGUUUCUUUGUGUUAAAUGUAUACUUGUAAAUAAAAUAGCUGCAAAUCUU